AUGUGGAACGUCACCAACGUCACCAUGACGCGGCCCGUGCCCGCGUCGUGGCCCCUGCGGCACCCCAGAAAGAAUUGCCAGCUGACGGGGCCGGCGGCGGCGUCGGCGGCGGGCGGGGGCCCCGGCGACGCGGGGGCGGCGGACGCGCCCGAGCUGGAGGCGGCGGCGGCGGCGCUGGCCGGGCUGCUGGCGGCGGGCGCGGGCGACGCGCCGCCCCCCUACGCGCGGCAGCGACGCGGCGGCGGCGGCGGGAACGAACCCACGACCAUCGACGCCGGCGGCAGCCCGGACUGGAUCAUGGGGCUGGGUAAGCGAGACGCCCGAUACACGCCUUACAUUAGUGUAGGUGUCCUUAGCAACAUGCAGCAGUUCUUCGACAACCUGCGCAACAACCUGGAGAGCCUGGAGUCUCUGCCCAAGGAAGAGCGCGAGGUGUUGCUGGGCCAAUCGGCAGCCGCGUCUGCGGGGUCGUGGCGCGGGGCUUUAGGUGUUCGCGGCUCCCCCAUUGCUGGUCACUGGCGUAGGCGAAGCCUUCGGCAACGCGCGGCGCCGCCUCCGCCGCCCCCGACCCUGCCGCCGCCGCCGCCGCCCGCCCCCGCGCCGGCCUACUCGACGCUGGCGCUGCCGCGGCCGCCGCUGCUGUCUCCACGCCCCGUCACCUCCGCACUCUCUGCCAAACAAGAACGUGCGUUUCGGCCAAGAGCGACUGCUGCUUAUCUCCACGCACUGCGCAAUCAUCGGCCAUCUCAUAAGAUCCGCAACUUUGUUGCUGAGCCUGAGCCAGCUAGUCUGCGAGGCAGCAAUCAUUAUGAUCCCAACUGGUUAUGGACUGGUCUUGGACGAAGACGCUAGACAUUCCCAAAUCCUCAACUAUUCAUGGAAGAUUCUAACAUUUGUCAUCCAUAGUCAUCCAUUGUCUCCUUUGGUCUCAUUUUGUUUUUUCUUUUUGGAGUAUUUAUCUAAAUAAACAAAACAUAGGAAUUACCUAUUUAUCUGUCUCAGUUUUUAUUGCUUAAAACUGAAUAAACAGUUCAAAUUAUGCACAGCAGAUUUAAGUGUCCUUGUACACUCAAUUUUUCUUCCAUUUUCAUAAAAGGUAGCAUGGAAAGAACAGGAAAUAGCAGGACAAGAUUUACUGAAACGUUCUUUGGAAGGACUUCAAUUGUAAUAAGAUUGGACAAAAUUAAGUACUUUAAUAAUACUACUUAAACUCACCAUAAAUAUGGAUCACAUUAUUAUUAUAUAAAUGUAAAUAUUUUUCAUAAAUAAAAUAUCAAGGCAAUAACUCACAACACAAUAAAAUUCACAACAAAUUCUCACUCGAAAAUUCUACUAACACAAAGUUGUAAUAAUUGGUAAUGAAGGGCCAGAAAUUCACUAUUUACAAGGAUACAUACAAAUAUAUGCAUAUAAAGAUUUACAAAAAACCUCUCUUC